UCUAUCUAGUACGUGUGUGUCUUUCAGUCCGUCUAUCUCGUUUCGUUAUUUCUUUUGUCAAUUCGUUCUUUCUGUCAACAUUUUCAAUUUGUCAAAUAUCGCACCACAGCCCAUGUCACUUCUGGGUAGGUUCAUUCGGUUUCAGAUAUCUUCUGGUUUCAUUACUACUUACGUAACAGUUUACAUUGGACUUUAACACAGGAAACAUCAUGCUGCGUCAAUUAGUGACUGGAGUUGAAACCAAGCUGACAUUACAUGACAAUUCACUUCUUUAUUGCCUGCUUGCUACUAUUUUCAUAUUACCUGGGGUCAAGUCUUACAAUGCGACGUUGAACACUACAACAUUUGUCGUUAAUUCUAAUUGUAACAUAUAUUUCUCUGAACCGGAAUUCGCUAAGGAAUUCAUGGUAAUUUAUGAACAUGUAGAGUUGGUGAAUAUACGGGUAGAUUUCCCAUCUGAAUUUGUCAAUCCUUUGUUCGAAGUCAAAGAUUAUUAUAAUCCAGAAGUUUGGUAUUUAUCAACGUACGAGCAUGGUUUAACCCUACUGAAACUCCCGUUUCAGCAUGCAAUUUUCUCGUUAUCCACUUUAGAAAGGAGCGUGAGGUAUAUUGAUUUACGCCUCCGACACUCACCUCGACGCUGUCUGGAGAAACUGCCGUUUCAUGAAAGGAUGAAUGUGGUUCGCAAAUUUCAGUUUGAUAAUCUAAAGCAGGAUAAGCAGCUGGGCUUCAUAUCUAUUUGUAAUCAGAUAAUAAAAUCUAAGGAAGGGCAUGCUGAAUUUGUUAAUUUCUGUUGUAAGAAAAAUAACGCUGGUAAGAUAGUAUGUCACGAGGAAGAUAUAGGAAUUUGGGUAUCGCUACUGUUCUGGCUGCUUGCGGCUUUGCGACUGAUUAUCUUAUUAUUCUCGCCACUACUACUUCCACAGAGCAUGUACAAUGCGGCAUAUGUCAUGUCUGAAUAUACAGUUAAACUAAAAUCUCCUUUUCUAUUGAACUUAUUCGUGUCAACCAAUGAAGACUGUAUUGUUCGAUACAAGAAACGCUUGGUCAAAUCAGACAUUAAAUCUUGGAACAGAUUUAACCAUUUAAUUCAAUAUAUACCACAGGAGACAGUUGUUCCAAUACAAAUUAAUGAACUAAACGUCAAAGUUAAAGGAAAAAGAAUAGUUGAAGGAAACUAUCCACCAUCCGGUCUAAUGAAAUCUUUAUACGAUAAUUUCAUUCGAUGCAAAGUAAAAAACAUAGAAACCUUUACAGAAUGUUGUGAAAGUAGUAUUUACGGAAAAUGUGUGGAUCUGUUCAUUAAUUACAACAUCACUUGGCAUACAUGCAUGAAGACAUUUAUUAAAUUGGUGAUGUUGUUACUACUUCCAUUGCCAUAUUAUAUCAGAGUAAUAAUUUAUUACAUAUUUGAAGAACCUGUGUUUGAUUUUCGCCGUAUGUUUGUUGCAGCAAACAGACUGGAUGUAUCAUAUAAUUUCGUAUCACAAACAUUUUUACAAUACUUUUCUCCAACUCAUCCUGUAUUCAUUACAACAUAUUUCUGUUAUAUCUUAUCCGGUUUUAUAAUUGGCUUCGUUAAUCCAAGCGGCAGAGAAAUAUUAAAAGGUGUCAUACGAGGUUCUCUGCAAAAUAUGCGCGAUGUAACUUAUGUUGGAGGCGUAGAGAUGAUUACAAAACUUGCCUUGAACCCCUUUAAAACAUUCGGUAUCCUUGGUUUAUUAUUAGCCCCAAUAUAUUGGCUGUUCGUUAUACCAUUAGGAUGUGUAUUGUUUCUUAUAUAUAGCAUUCCAAUAAUUUACUUAAUCACUGCAAUAUUUCGACACGCCAUACGGGCUUUUCCGCUAUUUGAAAAGAAAAGGCAUCUUCUACCCAAACGAGCAACACGAAAGAUCAAAGAGUUAACCGAGUCGAUGAAGGUAAAAUUUAAAAAUGAUCUGUUUUAUUAUAAAGAAACAGAACCAACUCGAUCAGAACAGGUCGUUAAGAUAAUAAAGCUAUUUGCUGUAACUUCUUAUUGCAUAACUGUUCUCUUCUCUUUUACGCUCCUUGUAAGUGAAUGUCUUGCAUUUCUGUUACAAGUGGCAACAUAUACAAUGAUGGGAUUCAUAGUAAACGCCUCUUCCCUUCUUAAAUAUGUAACUAUGGCUCUUCUUGUUAUUGUUUAUAUGCACGACUGUUAUCAGGACGUAUAUCAAAAUUACGUAACGUUCACGAAAGAAAUAAUUGACGAUUUAAUGGACAGAGCAGAAAAUAUCAAAGAAGUCGCAUCUCAGUCAGCUGAUGUUCAGGAAAAUGCUGCUUUCCAAGUUUCCCUGCCAACGGAUGUUACACCGAUUUCAACAAAAUUUAACAACGAUAAAGGAGAACCUAGAUGGAACAUCGGGCAUUUAUCCGUUUUCUUAGACAAAUACGAUACUCCAAGAAUGCCAUUAAGAUUAUUUAAAGAUAUGUGCAACAUAAGGACCUGGGGUUCACCAGGACCUGUUUAUAUAAAUUUGCUUAUAGCGACGAGAAAGUUUCUUACAAUAGUUGUUUUUCUUGCCUUUGUAUUAGUGGUUGUACUAGCUUUUGGUAAUGUCUACAGAGUUUCAUCAACAAACCAAACCUUAGCGGCAAUGGCAGGGGGAUUUGUUCCUCUGCUGCUAAAGAAUGUCCUCUCCUCGCGUGUCUUAAAAUUAAAUUUAAAGACAUUAGCAUUUAAGGGCCAGUUGGAUGAGGUGUUAUCUGCAUAUAGACAAAAUUGGCCUAUAAGUGAUCUUGUUUUCGAAUGGGGAGAAAAUAUUGUUCCAAGUGUACCAAACGAAAAUGGUUUAAAUGUUACCAAUAGUAACAGCACUGAUCUUCCAAAUAAACUUGAAGAAACAUUCACGAAUUCUGAUAACAAUCCAUUUCAUAAAAAGGAAUCAUUUAAAACAUCGUCAAAUAGUAACGGAUCAAUAGACGACUUACAUUACAACAGUGACGAGAUCGAUCUAUUUAUCGAUCUCUCAUCGACGAUAAAUUCAGAUACAUGGCUAGAGACACCUCAUCAUUCAAAUCCCGAUUUGACUUUAAACCAUAUUCUUACUGUACCUCCACAAUAUUCUGUCAAACAUUUAUAAUCCACUGUCAACAUUAUCAUAAAGAAAUAGAAAUAUU